CAUGCCAGUCAGCAUUACUCAGGCCGUAAGCAUAAACUUGUCGCCAGCAAAGUCUCCCAACCUUCUGGAGCUGGCUUUUACAAUACCGAAAAUAAAUGGGUUCGUACGGGAACCAAAUAUGUGCCCAAAAUCGAUAAUGAUGGACGCUUUGGUAUUGGGAGUUUGUUCAAGGCUUACCCUGACGCGUCUGAUGAAGGAGCUGCACCUGAUACGACUACACCCACAGAUACUAUUGCCAAAACUGCUAUUAGUCCAGAUGGCCAUGUUAAGCUUAUUGCUGCUGGGCCAACUUCUAAAAAAGUUGUGGCAACAUCGUCAUAUUGUGAGAUAUGUAAGGUACAUGCAACUUCUGAGGGGCAGAUGACAAUGCAUUUGGAAGGCGUAAAACACAAGAAAAAACUAAAAUCUCUAAGUUUGGAACAAUCUAUUGCACAGGCAAAACCUGUUUCAAUUACGCCAGUUGCAACCAAUUCCUCUGAUACGAUAUUAGAAAGCCUAAAGCAAAGCAAUCCAACCGCUGAUUUGUCUAUGUACCGGACUCCAAGUGGCUCUUAUUACUGUGAGUGUUGUAAUAUAUCCAUGUGUCAUGUCGCUGGUUUACAACAACAUCUGAUCGGCAAGAAGCAUUUAAAAAAAGUAAACGAAGUUAAAGAGAAGGCAAAGAACGAAGCAGCAAAAAUUAAGAACGAAGCUAAGGUAUAAGCUGAGAAAAGGAAUCAAUUGAAUAUACAAUAAAUGGAUAUUCUCUUAGCGAUAUUUCGCAUUAUAUAACUAUAUACAUAAGCGCUUUGAACGUUGUGCAUUCUAAUUUCGAAUACAUAUAUCACGAUGAAAAAUGUUAAUAACAUGAUGAAAAAGCGUUCAUAAACUAUAGCAAAAAAUGAUGUAAAGGAUCUUUUUAGGCAUUUUGGUAUAGU